UGGUCUAUAUUCUAAUUUUCUAAAUGAAAUAAAAAUAGAUUACAAUUAAAAUCGUUCGUUUAUCAAAAGGUAACUACAAAUCCACCUAAGAGGGACAUUUUCAUUCUUUCUGUCUCUCCAGACAUUGACAAACCUAGAAUCAAGAAUAUGGCGGGAGUACUAUGACGAAUUUGAACUUGAGUCAAGUCCUUUAUGCAUUCAAUGGAAUAGAAUUGGCAUUACCUGCGGCUGCGAAGACGGCGGUGUGUAUCACUACGAUGACCGAUGCAGAUCAAACAGACCUGUGCUAAUGUUUGAUGGACACUGCAUGCCAGUCGUUUCCUGUCGAUACAAUAAAGCUCGAGACCUUCUUGCAACCGGCGAUUUGCAAGGGGACCUGAUGAUCUGGGAUAUGAGACAACCGAAAAUCCCAGCCAACAGUUUCAAAGAGGCCCAUAAGGGAAGGAUUUCGGGGAUGUCUUGGUGUCCAUGGCAACCGGAUCUCUUGGCAACCGGAAAUGCCCGGCAUCAGCCAACAUUGAAGUUCUGGAACCUCCUCACUGGACUCAAGAGUAGAGAGCGACGCGUAUCUCACGAGGUUACCUCUGUUCAAUGGCUCGAGAGUGAACAGGAACUUAUUUCAAGUCAUAUGGGUACUCCAGAAGCUAUUGUUUUCUGGAACUAUCCUUCGCUGGAACGCUGUGGCACCUUGACAAAUGAUGAUGAUGAAACGAAUAGCACAGGACUAGUCAGCGUCAAGAAAUCAUAUCAAAUGAUUGCCACAUCGGAAGAAAGUGAUUCAAUAUACGUCUGGGAUUUAGAACAGACCAGGGAAUCCAUGACGUCACAUAGGGGACAACCUUCCACCGUUCUUUCCAGGAGACGAUCGCUUAUUCAACUGGGACUGAUGAGAUGAGACAUUAUGGAAACAAUGUUUUCUCAUUUCAACGUAUACGUCGUUCUUUCACCGAAUGUAAGCAUGAAGGUCCUAUCCCAUAUACAGGCCAACAAGUGAAAAAUGGGGCAAGGUAUACUGGGACACAAUGGGAUCUAAGUAAAGGCAAAUUAAUUGACGAAGCUUUUGAUUAGCUAAAUUAAGUACAUAACCCCCAUCCUAUACCCCAAAUAUUGUUCAUGUUAAUUUGCAUACCCCAUUUAUAUAAUGAUAAAAAAUAAUAUGCAGCAUUUAUAUAGCGCUUAAGAGAAAUGUUUCUAAGCGUUGCAUAUACUUCCCCGGCUGCAUCACCGACUACCCUGAUCGAACGCUCGAGCAUUCAAGGAUGGUAUCCAUUUACUACACCUGGGUGGAGAGUGGCAAAUGUAGAUAAAUGCCUUGCCAAAGGACGCGAGUGCUGUGGUGGGAUUUGAGCCACAAUGCGACAAGACAUCUUGAUCCCAAUUAAUAAUGCUUUCAAAUGAAUUAAUACAUGAAAACAUUCCUUAAUUACUUUAGACCAUACUAUUUGACAAAAAAAAACUUUGCGGCAAACAUUAUUGCCAAUGAAUUCACUGUUGUGUUACGUCGAUAAAUUUUCACAUUUACUAGUAAUGUUUUUACACUUUUUAGCUGCUUUUCGAACCCUGGCAAGGGUGAAUACAAUUCUGAAGGUAAGGAAACAGCUUAUAAUGAGUAGAGGUCAUCUGUCUAUAAAUAAAAUAUUUCUUAAAAUGAAAUCAAGAAUAUAUUUGGUUGUGCCAAUUAAUUCCAUUCAUGAAUACAAGUCCAUGCAUAAUAUUAUAUAACUGAAAUUAUUAUUUUGUUGCUUAUAUUAGAAAAAAAGCCUAGAUAUU